AUGAAGUUACUUUACUUAAUCAGUAUAUGGAACUUUGUAUCAAUUGCCUUUGGAAAAUAUAUAUCACAAGAUAACCUCUACACUAUACCGGAACUUAUUCAAGAAUAUCACAAUUACUUGGAAAUAGAAUGGACUGCUAUCAUAUGCCGAAAAGUAAAUGAGGAACUGGAUAAUAUUAUUAAACAUAUACAAAUGACAAAAAUCAUAGUGAACGACAAAACCAAAGCAAAUGAAUUACGUAAUAAUUUGCAACGUAAUUUGAUGACAUUGGCCUUUGUGGGAGAGCAGGAAGUUGAGGAUGUUAAUGAAAUAUUACAAAGAUUUUUAAAAACUAAACAUUUUACAAAUAUUGUGUGGAUUUAUAACAAAGCUAAUAAGCAGGAUUUAUGGAAAUUAUCAAAUAUUAGUUGGACUUGUGGCAACACAAAGGUUUUAUAUUAUGUACGUGGGAGAAUAUUCACCUUUGAACCUUUGCCUGUUAUACAACUAAGAAGCUUAAAUAAUUUUCAACAGUUUGCCGAAAGAAAAGAUAUAGAGGACUAUCAAAAAUAUCCUUUAACAUUUCCCAUCUUAUCAAAUUCACCACGAUGUUAUCGUUAUGAUAACGGUCAAGGUCACAUGGUCAACACUGGCUAUAUGUUUAACAUAAUGAGCAUAUUUAUGAAACGUUACAAUUUCGAAUUUAAGGAAUAUCCCUAUUAUUACGAAUCCUACAAUCGCCUUGAUCUCUAUAGAGGAUUAAGGAAUAAAUCAUUUGAUGUUGUUUUAGAUAAUUUAUAUCGUCACCCUAUGUUGGUUGCCAGUGAUGUCAUGUGGAAUAAUAAACUUUAUUUGAUAAUACCUUAUCCGAAACUUUUAGACAAAGCUGAUUAUAUUCGUUAUAGUAUAAAAAUACCCAUUUUAAUAGGUACCAUUAUUUUACUAGUAUGUGUAACAGCUUUGUUUAUGAAAACACAAAAAUCUACUAAAAAGGAUCUUAUUCGCACAGCAUUAUAUGUAUUUGUCACUCUCAACUAUCAAUUUCAUUUUACCGUCAAACAACCAAAAGUAUUUAAAUACUAUGUGACUUCUUUGAUGUUUUUCCUCUCUUUAUUAAGUACCACCCUAUUUUGGUCGAGUAUUACAAAUUUAAUUGUUUUAAACGUAUUUGAGAAUAAAUUGGAAAAUUUUGAAGAUGUCAUUAAAUCACCUUAUCAAAUCCUAAUAAGUCAAUCAGAUUAUGAAUAUAUGUCUCAGUUGGAUGUGCUACCUCCCUUACUGGCAAAUGCAAAAGUUGAAUCGAAUAGUUUUGUUAAACAACAUAUGUUUGGUUUAAAUACCUCCUACAUCUAUAAAGCUUUAGAGGAUAGAGCCAAUUAUAUGUUAUUCCAGCAGCAACAUUUGAAAAUUCCUCUAAUGUAUAAACUGGAAGUUACUGUCUACUGUAUACCCAUGUACUUUCCUUUACGUUAUAAUCUACCCUAUACACAACUAUUCAAUCGGUACUUAAGACAUCUUAUGGAUUCUGGUCUUAUGCAGAAAUUAUUAGAUGAUUCCAAAUGGGAUGGUAUUUAUAGUGGUUAUAUAGAUUUUUUUGAGGAUCCUAUCGAUGAUGUUUAUAUAUUUCAAUUUAAUGAGUUUAUAACACCUUUGAGGGUCUAUUUUGCUAUGAACACUUUGGCUUUUCUUAUCCUGCUGAUGGAGAUAAUUUGUCAUAGAUUUAUUGGGUAA